CAACACUGUUUUGCGUUCCGGCUGCGUGAAGAAGCAAACAUGGCGGCUGAGGGAGAUGUGGAUUUGGACCUGGAGGCUGAGGAGAACUGCACGGGAAAACCAACAGAAAAACCCCGAAAACAUGAUAGUGGAGCUGCUGAUUUGGAAAAGGUUACCGACUAUGCAGAGGAAAAAGAAAUAUCCAGCUCGAAUUUGGAAACGGCCAUGUCCGUGAUUGGGGACAGAAGAUCCAGAGAACAAAAGGCGAAACAGGAAAGAGAAAAAGAACUGGCCAAAGUAACAAUAAAGAAGGAAGAUGUGGAGCUCAUUAUGGGAGAGAUGGAGAUCCCGCGAGCAGUGGCGGAGCGCAGUCUGAGAGAACACAUGGGCAAUGUUGUGGAGGCGUUGAUUGCACUGACCAACUGAGUGGAUUUGACUGCUUUGAGAUGUAUGGACACAUUGGACUGCCUUUUUCAUGCUUGUGAUGGCCCUUUCCUUUUCACACUGUACUUAUUCUUUAAUAAAGGAACUUUUUUUUUUAAAGAUUCUUUACCAGUACAACUUACCUCUUUACAUUUGAACUUCCAACCUUCUUUUUAGUAACACAUUUCAGAUGAACCAAUGUGAUCAGUGUCAUUGUAAUUUAUUGCCAUAAAACAAAAAGUAAUUUUUUUCCCAUUAGAAACAGUGAAACUAAAGCCUCAAAAAUUCUGUACACACAAUGAAAUGGUUGUGUAGAUGUAUACAAUUCAAAUGCAAUAAAGAUUUGACGUCUUUGUUACAAGGUUUCUCCAAAACUA